AUGGCAUCCCACACUCUCCCUCCCCUCCCAUAUGGCUACGACGCCCUCGAGCCCGUGAUCUCCAAGCAGAUCAUGGAACUCCACCACCAAAAGCAUCACCAGACCUAUGUCAACAACCUCAACGCCGCCCUCUCAGCUCACGCUACCGCAACACAGACAAAUGAUGUCUCCGCCUUGAUUUCUCUGCAGCAGAAGAUCCGCUUCAACGGCGGCGGUCACAUUAACCACUCCCUUUUCUGGAAGAAUCUCACUCCCCCUGGUACACCUGGCAAUGAUCUGGCCGGUGCGGCGCCAGCUUUGCGGGAGGCCAUUAAUGCCCGCUGGGGAUCGGAGAAGGGAUUCACCGACGCUUUCGGAGCUGCUUUGCUGGGAAUUCAGGGAAGCGGAUGGGGAUGGCUGGUUAGUUCGGGAGGUCCGAAGGGACGGUUGGAGAUUACUACCACCAAGGACCAGGACCCAGUGACUGGAGGCGAUGUUCCUGUUUUUGGUGUUGACAUGUGGGAGCACGCUUAUUACCUCCAGUACCUUAACAACAAGGCUGGUUAUAUUGAGGGUAUCUGGAAGAUCAUCAACUGGGCUGAGGCCGAGAAGCGAUAUACUGCCGGCGUGGAGAACCCUGUCAAGCUUUGA